UUUUGUCCUGACUCGUGAACUUAGCAUUGAGAGAAGGAAACACCGGCGUCCUCCCCACCGGAAGGGAACGAGUCAUCCAGAAACUGUGAGACCCUCUAGGUUUGAUCGCUUGUACUGUACACAACAGUGUCGCAGUGUGUAGUGAUUUUGCCUACAUCUUAUUACACCGUGAGGCAGAGGGGUCACCAUGCAGUGAAGUAUCUUUGAGGCUCCGGGCACCCUCAUCGGAUAAUGGUACCUUUACCUGGAGCAGAGCUGGUGCAGAGGCCCUUACAGCUGUAUCGGUACCUUCUUCGCUGUUGCAAGCAACUUCCAAAUGAGAAUCUUCAACAUCAUUAUAAGCACGCAGUGCGACAGAGCUUCCGGGUGCAUGCUGAUGAGGAUGACUCCGAGAGGAUACGACAGAUUAUUAAGAGGGCCAUAGAGGAUGCUGACUGGGUAAUGAAUAAGUAUAGAAAACAAGGCUAACAGCAUAUGAAGACUAUUACGUUAUUUGAUCGGAACUCAAGAACCUUAAUCCAUCCCAAUGACAUCUACUCAUAAAGAAGAACUCUCUUUCCAGUCAUGUGCUCUGCAGUGUGCAAGGAAUAUUUGUAGUCUACAGUGCCUACUGUCAUUUAUACAUGAGUAUUAUCUGAAUUGGUGGUUCACAUAAAAUAUAACCGAUGGAAAUGC